AUGGCUCUCGCGGCGGCACCAGGUGCCUCUCCCCUGGAGACCUGCGGCGGAAGCGAGGGCGGCGACUGCGGGGGAGCGGCGACGCUGCUGACGUUGGAGCCCCACCGGGCGGUGCCGGCGCCGUUCCUGACCAAGACCUACCAGCUUGUCGACGACCCAGGCACUGACCACGUCGUCUCCUGGGGCGACGACCACUCCACCUUCGUCGUAUGGCGUCCCCCCGAGUUCGCCCGCGACAUCCUCCCUAACUAUUUCAAGCACAAUAACUUCUCCUCGUUCGUCCGCCAGCUCAACACCUACGUAAGUCGGCCCCCAAGUUCCCACCCAUUCCUCUUCUUCUCCUCCUCGUUCUCAUCAUUUUUGUGGUGUUCGAGCAGGGAUUCAGGAAGAUCGUGCCGGAGAGGUGGGAGUUUGCCAAUGAGUUGUUCCGCAAGGGGGAGAAGCACCUCCUCUGCGAGAUCCACCGCAGGAAGACCAGCUCCUCGCCUUCCUCCUCGCCUCACGCACCCCUCCAUCUCCCUUUCCAACACUAUCACCCCCACACUCCCGGCGCGAAUGCCAACGCCGCCGCUUCCUACUUCAGCUCCUUCUCCACCAGCCCUGACGAGCACAUCUCUCCAAGUGGCGGAUGGUGCGACUCUUUCUCCUCUCCGAUCUCCUCCCCGCGUGUGGCGCCGCCGGGCUCGGGGCUGCUGGAGGACAACGAAAGGCUGCGGCGGGCAAAUGCGGCACUCCUGUCUGAGCUGGCUCACAUGCGCAAGCUCUACAACGACAUCAUCUACUUCGUGCAGAACCACGUCCGCCCCGUCGCCCCCAGCAACGCCUUCCACUCCUCGCUCCUCCUCGCCCCAGCACCACCCCACGGAUUCUCAUCCGGUGCCGGCGCCUUCCCGCAGAAGCAGCCCGGCUUCUAUACCCGGCAGCAAUCGCAGCAGCAUUACGGCGUCAAGAUGUGCCUAAACUGGAGCAGCACCACUUCCAGCAGCUCGCUCACUAUAGCCGAGGAGCCUUCCCCGAACAACAUCAGCAGCAACAGCAACAGCAACAGCAGCGAGGAUGACUGCUCCGACGACAACGACAACCACAACAAGUGCAGCGGCGGCAGCAGCGCGCGGCCCAAGCUCUUCGGGGUCGCACUCGGCGGCACGUCAUCGGGGAAGAGGCCAUUCCAUUCUGUGGAUCCGGACUCGCUGCCUUCACCGGGGAGCAAGCCGAGGCUGCUCCCUGGAAAAGAGUUGGGAUUAAACCUCGGCCCCCCCUGCCCAUGUUAG